ACAGAUACCUACCACACUGAGUGCACCAUGUCAACUCCCGCCAAGAAUUGCAUCCUCUCCAACCACCAAAAGAAAGGAACCCCUUCUCUAAUCUAAAUCCUCUUCAAGAGAAGCUUUACAAGCCCAAAAAGAAGAAGCAAAUUUGUACCACAAAAUUGGCCAUGGUGUGAUGGUGUGUCUUCGUUCAUCAACUGCAAUGGCCGGGAGGAUUUCUCGGUACACUGCUUUGUUCUUGGCAGUAAUGCUGGUUUUGAGCUCUACUUGUGAAGGUGUUCGGAUGGCGCUGAAGAAUAUGAACAAGCCGUGCGAUGAAAUUUACGUUGUUCGUGAAGGAGAGACGCUGCAAACUAUCAGUGAAAAAUGUGGGGAUCCAUAUAUUGAUGAAGAGAACCCACAUAUCCAUGACCCAGACGAUGUUUUUCCUGGCCUCGUUAUCCAGAUUACUCCUUUCAACAAUCGCUAGUCAUGAGCUUCCAUUCCUUUGCAUCAUUGCACGUUUGAGGUUCGGGCUGGUCUGUCUCUUGUGGUUGUUAUUUGUCUCUGAAAAAAUCCAUGUAAAUAAUGGUUGACACCCAUGGGAUCUCUAUGUAAAAAAGAUGUUUGUUGGGUUGGGGGGAAAAAUACUUGCAUAUAUUAAUUCUUCAUACUUCUCUA